CGGUUUCAAUGUCGUGCCAUGUUGGAUUUUGAAAUUUUGGUAAACAAGCUUUGACUUUGAGGCACCGCAACAAAUAAAAUAAAUUCCCCAAAAGUUAUCCAAUUUUCUCAACGAGUACUGGCUCAGCUCCUGGAAAUGGACCCCAAUAUUGAGGAUGGAGGUGAUGACGGGGGGCAGCAUUUGCAGCCGCUCAUGUCCCUCAGGGUUGCACCACCCCCUGGCGGUCCAGAGGGCGCAGAGGACCAAGAGCAGAUAAAACUUCCUCAAGCCCUGGAGAUGGCUUUUGCCUUUAAGAACGAGAGGGCCAGAGUUCUAGGCCGCGGCGAUGGAGACGUUCCCGAAGACGAACUCAACGCUGACCUGGAUGACGAGGGCGCUGAAGAUGAAAAUGGCAAUGCAGAGUACAAUGCAGCUCGAGAGAAGCAACGGCUGAAAAAUAAGAACAAGAAGAAGAAAAAGAAAAGGAAGCAGCAGAAAGCUGAAGAAGAAAAUAAAGCGCCUGCCGAGGGUGAAAAUAAAGAGAAGGAAAAGAAGGAGAAUGGAAAAGAUGAUGUUGAUGUUGAAGUCGAGUACAUCCAAGAAACUCUGAAAAUCAAUGAAUUGGACCCCAUGUAUCGGCAGUUUGCAUCAAUUUUUGAGACAUUCCGAAUUUCUGGCAAAGGCUCUGAGGAGAUUAUUCCUGCCGUUGCUCAACCUGUUCUGAAAAAAGUCCCAAAACCUGUUGAGGAUGAUGAAAUGGAAGAGCUGGAGAGAAAUAAUGAGAGUGGGCAAUCAAAGCUCUCUAAGAGGAAAAUGAAGCAGCUCACCAGGUUGAGCGUUGCGGAGCUGAAGCAACUCGUGACAAGGCCUGACGUCGUAGAGAUGCAUGACGUAACUGCUAGAGACCCAAAGCUGCUAGUGCAGCUGAAGGCCCAUCGAAACACAGUGCCAGUUCCAAGGCACUGGUGUUUCAAAAGGAAGUAUUUGCAAGGCAAGAGGGGUAUCGAGAAGCCGCCAUUCCGACUUCCAGAUUUCAUCAAAAAAACUGGCAUCAUGGAGAUGAGAGAGGCGCUGCAAGAAAAGGAAGACUCGAAAACGCUUAAGGCCAAGAUGAGAGAACGUGUUCGACCGAAGAUGGGAAAAAUCGAUAUUGAUUAUCAGAAGCUCCACGACGCCUUCUUCAAAUGGCAAACUAAACCACGCAUGUCCAUACAUGGCGAUCUCUACUAUGAGGGCAAAGAAUUUGAGACGAGGCUAAAGGAAAAGAAACCUGGAGAUUUGUCUGAAGAUUUGCGUACUGCCCUCGGAAUGCCAGUUGGCCACAAUGCGCACAAAGUACCUCCGCCAUGGUUGAUUGCCAUGCAACGUUACGGACCUCCACCUUCGUAUCCUAGUUUAAAAAUCCCUGGCCUGAACGCACCUAUUCCUGAUGGAUGUGCUUUUGGUUACCAUGCUGGAGGUUGGGGCAAACCCCCUGUGGAUGAAACUGGAAGACCUCUCUAUGGAGAUGUCUUUGGAACUCAGUCAUCUGAUUACGCUCAUGCUGCUGCUGAGGAAGAAGUUGAUCACACUUUGUGGGGAGAGCUGGAGUCAGAGUCAGAAAGUGAAAGUGAAGAAGAGGAAGAAGAAGGAGAGGGAGAGGAGGGUGUGGGCGUAGAGGGUGUAGCAGUUGACGAGACGGGGCUUGUCACACCUGCCGAAGGCCUCAUUACUCCUUCAGGUCUUUCGUCUGUACCUGCAGGCCUCGAAACACCUGAAAUUAUUGAGCUGCGAAAGAAGAAGAUUGAAAGUGAAAUGGAGAGUGGCGAAGGUCCAUCUUUGUACACCGUUUUACAAGAAAAGCGAGUGGACAGACUUGGUGCAUCAAUGAUGGCCUCAACUCAUGUGUACGACGUAGGCAGCGCAGUCUCGCAAGGAGGUCCACCUCUCACAUCUCGCAGAGGCGCCACUGGAGAAGGAAUGGUUGAGUUGGCGCUUGAUCCUUCCGAGUUGGACCUGGACACAGAUGCAAUGGCCCUGAGAUACGAGCAGACAUUAAGAGAACAACAGUCUCAGCUGCAGAAAGAGGAUCUUUCAGACAUGGUGGUAGAUCAUGUUGCAAGACAAAAGAACAAAAGAAGGAGACAACAGGGACAAGACAACAAGCAAGCAAAAAAAUACAAAGAAUUCAAAUUUUAGUGUGUGUCUUUUUUCAAUUUUUUUUAUUAAUAAAAAAAUUGUUUUGUCAGCGUAA